ACAUAAAAUGAGUGCAUUUUAUCUCAAACAUACGAGUUCAUACAAGUCCUUGAGCAGUGAGGCAUAUUACGGGCCUGUUCCAGAGUUUGGCUUCUCGGCCAAGUGAGGUAACUAAGGCGGCCAAGGCAGCACAUUCGUGAGCCGUGACUAUGUCGAACCGAGCUAUGUCAGAGAUGAAACCAAGAGCGAAUACUUGUGAGGAUAUUGAUAUCGAACCGAAGACAGGAGCACCAUUCUUCCAUGUCAAUCUUACUAAGACGCAUGUUUCUCCUCUCUAUCUACUGACAAUACCGGCUGAAGGUGCUCGACUCCUUCCUAACAUCGAAGCCCCGGUGAUCCUCACUCGUGGCACUGAGAGUUGGACGAUGAAUUACAUCGGUAAUAAUAUAGUACAUAAAAGGUUGGAUAAAAGAUGGAAACAGUUUGCUGUUGACAACAAACUUAAGGUAGGAGAUGUUUGUACUUUCGAGCUCACGUCGAAAGAUCCAAUGAGGUUGAAGGUUCAAGUCCUUCGAGGUGACUUUCCAGCUGCUCUACUCAAUAGCGAUGAAGAAGAAGACGAACAAGGAAAAGAAGUCAAAGAAGAAGAAGAAAAAGAAGAAGGAGAAACAAGCUAUAAUCCUAUAGUUGUUGAGUAAGAAAACUAUUACAGGUUCAACCAGUAUUAAUUUAUAAGGUUUAGUUUUAAAUUUAGUUUGUAGAAUAAUUUUGAUGUUUAUAGGGAGCACUGAAGUAUGUAUUUCGAAUCAAGAUGAGAUUUUGAGUCCGAAAACGAGGCAAUGUUCUUAUUAGGCUAGUUGAUUAUUAAUAGUAGUAACAUAAUUAUUAACUAAAGUAAUCAUAUUAUAUUAUGCUGAUAUUAAUAAUAUACUGAUAAUUAUCUCGGAUUAACUGAUCCU